GCUGGGAGUUCCGGGAUCGUGCCCUGAGACUUUUGUGGCGCUGCCUGCGGCUUCGCAGAGGACGGCGGCCGAGAGGCAGGUCGCGUUUUGGUUCGCGCGGAUCCGUGCGGCGUGAUGCGGUACAACGAGAAAGAGCUGCAGGCGCUGUCCCGGCAGCCCGCAGAGAUGGCAGCCGAACUGGGCAUGCGGGGCCCUAAGAAAGGGAGCGUGGCCAAGAGGCGGCUGGUGAAGCUGGUGGUGAAUUUCCUCUUCUACUUCCGCCCGGACGAGGCCGAGCCCCUCGGAGCCCUGUUGCUGGAGCGCUGCAGAGUGGCCCAGGAAGAGCCCGGCGGCUUCUCCAUCAGCUUUGUGGAAGACCUCAGCAGGAAGUAUCACUUCGAGUGCUGUAGCCAGGAGCAGUGUCAGGAGUGGAUGGAGGCUCUGCGGCGGGCCAGCUACGAGUACAUGCGACGAAGCCUCGUCUUCUACAGGAAUGAGAUCAGGAAGAUGACAGGCAAGGACCCUCUGGAGCAGUUUGGCAUCUCCGAGGAGGCCAGGUUCCAGCUGAAUAGCCUGCCGAAGGAUGGGCGGACUGCUUGUGUUGGCUCCCAGCUAGCUGUGUUGGACUGACCCUCACAGAGCCCCUGGGUA